AUACUAAUAUCUUCCAUAUUAAUAUCUUCUAAUCACUCUCCUCCUCACGUCUUACCUCGUGCCCCGAAGCUUCACUCGUCCUCGCAAGCGGCUCAGACAAUACAGCAGCAAAAAUGCAGUUCACCAAGCUCAUCCAGCUCCUCUCUCUCGUCGCCGCGUCGUCGGCUGUCACAGUCUCCUACGACACGGGUUACGAUGACGAUUCGCGUUCUCUGACCGCCGUCGCCUGCUCCGACGGGCAGAACGGGCUCAUCUCGCGCUUCGGCUGGCAGACUCAGGGCGAUAUCCCGAGCCUGUACCUCGGUGCGGCGGACGCGAUCGGUGGCUGGAACUCGCCUGCUUGCGGCACCUGCUGGGAGCUCUCGUUCGGCGGGCGGACGAUCAACGUCCUGGCCAUCGACCAUGCCGGCGCCGGCUUCAACAUCGCGCUCGACGGCCUGAACGCCCUGACUAAUGGCCAGGGCGUCGCCCUCGGCCGCAUCGAAGCCAGCGCGCGCCAGGUCUCAACCAGCGCCUGCGGCAUCUAAACCCCACACACUCUCUCUCCCUCUUUCUCUCUUCUCUUGUUCGGUUUCUCUCCAAUCGGCUGCAUUUUUAUCCUCUUAGGGCAAGAAAAAGAUU